AUGGCGCACAUUCCUAGCAAAGCCACUAUCUUGGUCUGUUCCGGGGAUCAUGCAUCAGAAGACCCUCCGUACCUGGACGCAAAAGUCGCCCUGGUCAACAGACCUCAGCCGCUCAGACGGCCAUUCGCUCGUAACUUCAUCUGGCAAGAACUGCUGAAGAUGACGGACUGGUUCCUGAAUGAAGAAAAAGAUGUCAUUGACCUUCGAGUCAACGGCGUCACAAAGGAACUUGUUGCAAAAGGUUGUACUGGACGCCUGGAAAACGUCGUCAUGUUCGAUGAGCAGGAAAGCGAGGGCGAUAAGAUCACCAGCCAGCCGUCGUAUAUCUUCUCUGCUCUGAAGCCGGACUUUAGUGUCAUAGAGCGAAUGGGAUUUUAUGUGCUUAAUUGGUAA